AAUGCGCCGUAUUGUCAAAGGGAGGUAAGUCAAUGAUGAAAAUGGCCACCGCUGUGAAUGUGGAUUAUUCUUUGUUGAGAAAAUGUAUGGGCGGGGAAACUCUAUUCAAAGAUAUGACAGAACACACAGCCAGCUUUAACUCAAGACUUUCACUUGAAAGAAAGCUCAGGCUUCCUUUCCUGGACUCUCAGACAGGUGUUGCACAGAACCACACUAAUCUUUGGCACCCAUACAGAUGUAGAAAUCCUGGCAGUAGAUAUGGUCAGAUGUAUUCCUAUCCUGCUCUACGCUGGAAGAAGAAGAAGCGCCUGGCUUUCAUGACCUCAUCAGCAGAUGUCAGUGUAACUAAGGCCAGUGACAUAGAGACUGGAGAAGCAGAUAUGCACCAGAUCAGUACUGUUGAGAAUCCUGCUAUUCGAGGAGAGAUACAUGUAGAGGAUUUGGAGUACAAGAGUGAGUCCAGUAAGGACCGCUGGUAUGAUGAAUAUGACAACCUUAGUGAGCCCCCAGAUGCUGGAGAGAUAGUGGAUGAUCAGUCAGAUAUAAGUGACUAUGAGGAAACUUACAUCAAAAAGAAAAAGAAAAAGUCAAAUCGGGGACGAAAGAAGAACUCAGAGAAGGACGUAAAUGCUCCUGAGGAAAAAGAAAAGCCAUAUGCUUGUGGAGCUUGUGGUGCUCGCUACAAGACGCGGCCUGGGCUGGCCUACCAUUACACUCACUUCCAUAACGGCAUGCUGGAUGAGGAGGUGCUUCCCCCCACUUCUCCCAAGCCCGCCACACGGACCAGCAGCCGUACUGCAAACAAAAGCAACAUAGACGACAAGAUCUCCGCCAACAACUACUGCGACUUCUGUCUAGGGGAUUCUUUGGAGAACAAAAAGAGUAACCAGCCUGAGGAACUGGUAUCCUGUAGCGACUGCGGAAGAUCUGGUCACCCCACUUGUCUGCAGUUCACAGUUAACAUGAUUGUUUCUGUGAAGAAAUACCCUUGGCAGUGUAUCGAAUGUAAAUCCUGUGGACUGUGUGGUACCUCUGACAAUGAUGAGCAGUUGCUGUUCUGUGAUGACUGUGACAGGGGAUACCACAUGUACUGCCUCAACCCCCCUCUCACCGAACCCCCCGAGGGCAAUUGGAGUUGUCAUUUGUGCAUUGAAGAGUUCCAUGGAGGGAAGAAGCCAGCAGGGAUGCAGUGAUGCCUGAAAAUCAUGGGGAUUAUUGUGGGAAGUGUUGGAUGUUUAACUCUUAACUGAACACAGAACAUCAUUGUUUUGAGGACUAUAGUGGGAAGUGUGGGAUGUUUAACUCUUAACUGAACACAGAACAUCAUUGUUUUGAGGACUAUAGUGGGAAGUGUGGGAUGUUUAACUCUUAACUGAACACAGAACAUCAUUGUUUUGAGGACUAUAGUGGGAAGUGUGGGAUGUUUAACUCUUAACUGAACACAGAACAUCAUUGUUUUGAGGACUAAUGUUGGAAGUGUUAGAUGUUUAAUUCUAAAUUAAACACACAACAUCAUUGUUUUGAGGACUAUAGUGGGAAGUGUUGGAUGUUUAAUUCUAAACUCUUAUAUACAAUGUAGUUGAUCUAUAUCAGACAGCAGAUCAUGUUGUUGUCAUGGAUUAUGUGCGAUUUAGGACAAGGUCAUUCGACUACACCCAGUGUAUACUUUUAAUAAACAGGGUCCUGUAAUUGUCAACUUGAGGGAGGAACGUACAGAUACUACUUGUCUAGGAAACAAAGUUUUUGUUUAUGGACACAGGUUCACAUAUUUUUACAAAUGAUGGUACAACUUCUACCCCUUAACUCUUCAACAAUUUUACCCUGAAUGUUCCGUAAUUCCAUUGUGCUAUGUGAUCUAUGAUCAUCCUGAACUUACACAUUGAUGUACCAUUCCUGUUAUAUAUCAGAUCUUUACAUCUGCUGUCAGUGCCUGGAUGUUGUAAAAAUGUCCAAUUUCAGUUACUUUCUAUAUAUUCAUUGUAUCACCAUUAUUCAGUGUAAUCCGUUUAUUGUGUCAAUAAAAAUAAAAAAACAUAGUUUCA